AUGGAAAACGAAAAAGGCGAGCUCGUAGAUCUCUACGUCCCCCGCAAAUGCUCUGCUACAGGCCGCAUAAUAAAAGCCAAAGAUCACGCCUCCGUCCAGAUAUCCGUCGGAAAAGUCGAUGAGAAUGGAAGAUAUACCGGGGAGAAUCAGGUGUAUGCGCUGUGCGGGUUCGUGAGGUCGAUGGGAGAGGGAGACGACAGUCUGAAUAGGCUCACGCAAAGGGAUGGGUUAUUGAAGAAUGUGUGGAGUGGGAGUCGGCAGAGGUAG